AUGGUCAUGGAUCUUUAGAUACUGAUAGCAAUAUUGACAAUCUAUUUAUAAGAAUAGAUUAAAAUCAAAUUUGGUAAACACAAAUCACAUUUCUUGACAGUUUAUUAAGAGAUUCUCCAUACCUCAUAAACCCUCAAAUUAUAAUUGAUAAGCACAGUAAAUCAGGAAUUCUCAAACGAAUCUUAUUUAUUUAGAAAUUUAUAAAUCUUCUAUCAUUAAUGUUAUAAGACUUGCAAAACAUGCUAAGAAGAAAUGAAUAAAUGCAGUUCAUGCUAUGAUGACAUACUUUUGGUUUCUAAUAAUUGCUAAUCUUGCUAAGAAAAGAUUAAUUUGAGCUUUUUGCAAAUUUCAUAAGGCUGCGUUGAUUAAUGUAUGGAUGAGUAUGAUUAUGACCAAGAUAAAGUAUGUUAUAAGAAUUAAAGUACUAUUGUUUUUAUUUUAAUAGAAUUAAAAACUUAUGAUCAUUCGAAGCUAACAAUGAGUUAAGAAGGAUAUAAGGUUUUUGGUCCUUUAGAUACAUCCACCAUAUUGCUAAGAAUAACAGUUACAAUUGAAUUAAUGGAUAAAAAUUUUGUGAAUGUUUUGAUUGAUGGAAGAUAAGUUGCUAGGAUAAGUAAAUAUAGAAUAAGAUCAGAAUCAGGAUCAAAAUCAAAUUACUUAAGAAGAUUAAAUAAUGAAAUUAGAGUUGAAAUUAAUAAACCAAUAAGUAAGGACUCUUUUUCUAUUGAAAUUAUGAAAUAUCAGCAUUUGUCUACUAUUCCAACAAUUAAAAUAUAAUAUUUAGUUUGUGCUUUGAAUUGUUAAAUAUGUAAAAAUAAUAAUACCUGUGGGGUUUGUAAAGAUAAUUAUUAUUUAUAUAGCGGAUUAUGCUUUUCUAAUUGCCCAGAUUACACUGAAUAAUUAAACCAAUUUUGUGUUAUUCCAAAUGAAAAUGUGAGCUAGAAUGAAGAUUAAUAGGAAGUAUUUUUAGUGAAAGAACUUUAUGAUCUUUCAACUCGUAAAGAAAGAAUAAAUGAAUUAUUCUAACUAGUUAACGAUAGAAAUAGCAAAUAUAAUUUUUAAAAAGGAAACGAUAUUUACUUUUCAUAUUUUCAAAAUAAAAGAAUAUUUGGAGGACCAUUUGUUUGGGUAAAUGCUUAGUUUAAAUUUCAUCUAUAGCUUGAAAACAUAUAAUAAAUAGUUUAUGUUAAAUUUGAAAUAAUUCUAGGUGAUGAAAUAAUGUCUAGAAUUUAAUUUCAUUACUAAAUUAAUUCACAAUCAAUGAAAACAUUGACUAUUAGCAAUAAUUAAGAUUUAAAGGAAGAUUAAAAUUGGUAAAACGAUUAUAAUUCUCAGAUCAUACAAGUAAGGGAAAAGAUUGAAUACUUAAAUAAUGAUAAUAAACAAUUAAACAUACUAUUUGAUUGUGAUAAUAAUUUUGAUUAAGCUAAUCCAACAUUUUGUGGAAUUAAAAAUCUGUUUAUUUCUGUUUAGAAACCAAUAUUAGAAGAUAUUAAUUUAUUAGAGUAGAAUUAUUAGAAUAAUUAUUAAGAUAUGGAAGACCUAGAUGGAUUAUUUGAUAUAUAGGAAUGUGGUGAUGAAAUAACUUCUGUAAAUGAAGAUUGUGAUGAUGGAAAUCUUAUACCAUUUGAUGGGUGUUUUAAUUGUAUGUAUUCUUGUGAAUAAUUGUGUUAAUUUUGUGUUAGAGGUGAAUGUUUGCUUAUGUUAGAAUUAAAAUAAAGUUAAAAAUUAACAAAUUUUUCUAAUGAUAUUUUUCUUGAAUUCUAAUAAGGUUAAUUAUUUAAUUGCGAAAUUUAUGUUUAAGGAAUAUGCUUAUAAUGCAAGAAAGGAUUUUAUUUAAAUUUAUUUAAUAAUUUAUGUGAAACCAUUUGUGGAGAUUAGAUAAUUGAAGGAUAAGAAGAAUGUGAUGAUGGUAAUAUUGAUAAUUAUGAUGGUUGUUCUAAUUGUUAAUUAAUAUAAUAUGAAAAUUGCAAUAUAUAAAAAGAAUGUGCAAUCUGUUAUUAUGGAAAAUGUCUAAAAUGUAAUGAUGGAUUUACAUUAGAAUUUGAUAGAUGUGUUUCAAUUUGUGGAGAUGGAUUAAUCAAUAAAUUAGAAGAAGAAUGUGAUAAUCCAAAUGAAUAAGGAUGUAAUAAUUGCCAAAUUUAAAAAGGAUAUAUAUGUCACGGCUAAACUUAUUCUAUUUGUAAGACUUGUGAAAAAUAUUGUAAGGAUUGCUAAAGUAUAGAUUAAUUAUAUCUCAUAUGUCAUGAUUGUAUGCAAGGAUUUUAUCCAGUUUUAGAUAAAUGUUUACAAUGUGAUAAUAAUUGUAUAACUUGUAAAAUCUAAUCAAAUUUAUGUACAUCAUGUUAUAGAAAUGAUUGUGAGUUAUGUGAAUCAAUUCCUGGAUAUUAUACUGAUUAUUAAAAUAAAGUUUGUAUCACUUAAUGUGGAGAUGGAAUUGUCGCUUACGAAUAAGAAAAUUGUGACGAUGGAAAUCUAGAAAAUGGCGAUGGUUGUGACUCUGAAUGUAGAAUGGAAUUAUCACAAGAUUUUAUUAAUAAUCUAUAACUUUGGUAAUUAAACCAAGAUGGUAACUAUAAUCUUUACCUUAAUAAUUCAUAAUAUAAAUUAAUAUUAAAUUGUUUAGAUCCUAAGAUUAUAAUUGAUGGUAUGCAAUAAAAGGAUUUUUCAUAUUAUAUAUCAUCUGACAAUAAUACCUGUAACAUUCAAUUUACAUUUUAUUAAUCUAUUUUCAAAUAUAAUACAAUUUAUGUAACUCUUACUGCUUCAUUCUAAUUAAAUAGAUUACUUUUGGAGAAAAAUACUCAAGAAAUAAAAUUCACCAUUCAACCUUAAGAAUAAAUCAUACUAAUAGAAAGUGAAAAAAAGAUGGCAGAGUAAAUUUAAAAUGCUCAAUCAACAUUUAAUUUAAUUUUUCUUAUAUUAAUUCCGGUUUCCAUAAUAAUGAACCUUUAUGAUUAUUUGUGGGCUGUACUUGAAAUAUUAAGUUGGAUAAAUAAUUUCUAUUUUUUAAAUGUUCAUUAUCCUUUUAAUGUAGAAAAGUUCUUUUUAAUUUCCGAUUGGUCAUCUUUUGUUACUUUUCCUACAUAUUAAGGAUUAAAUUAACCUAAUUGCUCAUAUUUCUUUUAUGCAUCUUAAAAAUUUUAAGAUAAAGGAAUAGAUCCUCUAUUCUUUAAUAAUAUUUAGAUUCCAUUCAUUUUUAUAUUCGUUACUUUUCUUUUAUAUGCAGUUAAUUUUUUGUUCUUGUAUUUCUUUAGAAUUCUCAAUUAAUAUAAAAAAAUUAAACCAAUUGAAAUCCAUCGUAAACACUUUAGUAUUUUUAAUUUACAAGCAAUAAAAAAAUCUCAGCAUAGUAUGGUUGAAUAACAGUAGAAUGAGAAAAUAGUAUAAAAUAAUACCAUACUGACUCAGAUAAUAAAUAAUUUUAUUAUUAUGGAUAAAAAAUUGAAAAAUAAGUUAAAAUAAACUCUUUCAUUAUGUUUACUGGAUAUUACAUUAGCGAUUAUGCUUCAAAUCACUUAUUCAUAAAAUAAUUAAAACAUCAUAGUUGGAUUAAAUUCAUUUUUAGCUAUGAUUUCUAUUAAUAUCAUUUUAUUUUAGCUUUAUCAAUAAUAUAAAACACUAAACCUACAUAUAUUACUUGCAGAAAAUAGAUAAUACAAAGAAUAAUUUGAGGUUUAUUAUUAAAAUAUUAAUACCCAAUAAUCAUUUGGGUAUUAUUUUAAAUUUUUUGGAUUGAUUAGAAAGAUUUUGUACAUCUAUUUUAUGGUAUAUUACUAUUAUACACCAAUUAUUUAAACAUCAUUAUGCUUUUUUUCGACCUCAAUUGGAGUUAUCUUUAUUCUAUACUAAAACCCAUAUAACAGCAAGAAGGAAUUUUAUCUUUAGCUUAUUUAAGAAUUUAGCUUAAGUGCAAUAUUAUUUAUUGCUGUGUUAUUUUCAAUGAAUGAUGCACAUUAGAUAAUGUUUAUAUAGUAAAAUAAGGUGAAUUUAGGUUGGGCAGUCAUUUCAUUUGUCAUAUUAGCAAUUUUUUUUUAAUUAUUUGGAUUAACUUAUGAAAUGAUACUUCAUUUCUAUUAAAUAAUUUUGAAAAUUAAAAAUUAUAUCUUAAAUUUUAACAAUAAUAAAAUCGAAUAAGAUAGCAUAAGUCAUAACAAUAAAGAUAAGUAAAAUAAAGCUAAUUUAAAAUAAAUUGAUUUAUGA